AAGUAGUAGCAGUGAUGGAGUUGAACAUGAUAGGAUUAGCUAGCACAGUGAUUGCAGUUGCAGCUGGAGCUUAUUUUCUCCUUUUUGGGGUUAUAUGGAAUUUCAAUGAAUGGUAUUUCUGUUCUGUAAAGAAGAAAUUCAAGAGCCCUCUCCCUCCUGGAGAUAUGGGAUGGCCUGUGUUUGGAAACAUGAAGACUUACUUGAAUGCUUACAAAAAUCAAGACCCAGACUCCUACACCUUCAACCUCAUUAAAAGGUAUGGAGAAACAGGAGUCUACAAGGCACACUUGUUCGGGAAACCGCACGCGGUGGUCAUUACGCCUGAAACGAGCAGGACAGUAUUGGUAGAUGAAGAAAAGUUCAAACUUGGGUAUCCAAGUCUUAUAGAACGUGCAGGCCGGGAGGAAAUUACUGCUCUGCGUCGCUGGCAAUGAACACAAGCGUCUACGUAAGCUAGCCUCGUCCCCGAUUAAUGGGUUCGAACCAUUAUCGUUGUAUAUUGGGCUCAUUGAGGAGGCCGUGACGGUUAAUUUGGAAAAAUGGGUAAACAAGGAUAAACCUGUUGAGCUCAUUCAUGAACUUGUUGGGAAUACUUUUAGGGUUAUAACAAACAUUUUCUUUGGACCUGGAGGACAUGAAAAGUUUGGUCAUAUGAAAAGCUUGUUUGCUGAUGUCGUUAAUGGAUUGUAUGUGGUCGGUAUCAAUCUUCCUGGCUUCGCAUAUCAUAAGGCCUUCAAGGU